AUGGCGGCCAGCACCGGCCCCGCUCGGUCCCGGUCCCGAUCACGGUCCCUCUGGGCCCGACCCCGCUCGGAUGCGCCCCGCUGGACCCGCACGGUCCCGCUCGGUUCGGGACCCGGCGGCGGCUCCUGCAGGAACCACGUGGGCGCCGCGCUUCCGCCCACCCGCGCAGCGGCCCCGCCCCACCGCCGGCGCCGGCCAAUCGCGUGCAGGAGGAGGCGGGACCAGGGGGUGUCCGUGUCCCCUGUGCCCCCCGGGUCGCACGGCACGGUUCGGUCCCCUCCCCGUGCGGUGUCGCCGCUGUCCGGGAGGGCUGUCGGCGCGUUCCCCCUCCGCAGCCGUGCCCGGUGUCCGGCCAGGCCCCACGCGUGCCCCGCGGGUGGGCGCAGUGACCGCAGAAACAUGGAGGCUCUGGGAGACGCUGAAACCCCCACCUCGGACACCCCCAUUUCGACAACCCUCACCUCGGACACCCCCGCCUCGGACACCCCCACUGCGAGCACCCCGACCCCCGGCACCCCCACCUCGGACACCCCGACCCCCGGCACCCCCACCCGGGACACUCCCUCUGACCCCCCCGCGGGGCCCGGGGAGGGCAGCGGGGAGGCGACGAUUCCCGGGGCUGGGGAGGAGGCUCAGGAAGCGGGGGGCGAUGGGAGGGACACGGGGGGCGAUGGGGGGGACACGGGGGGUGAAGGGAAGGAUACGGGGGGCUCAGGGGAGGGCACGGGAGGCUCAGGGGAGGGUACGGGGGGAGAGGCUGCCGGGGAUGGCGGGGCAGAAACACCCCGGGGUGCCGGGGGCGAUGCUGGGGAUGGUGGUGCCGAUGCCGGGGCAGGGACAGCCGGGGGCACCGGAGGGGGCACCGAGGGCGGUACCGAGGAGGGCACCGAGGGAAAAGCGGCGCCGGCGGCAGCGGGCAGCUCCCAGCGCCGACAGGAACCCACUUGGCUUCAGGACGAGGACGAUGAGCUGUGGCCUGAGUUCCCUCCCUGCUCGUCCCCAGAGGGGGCCACCAGCCCCACGUCCCCCAUGUCCCCAACGUCCCCUAUGUCCCCUACAUGUCCCACGUCCCCUACGUCCCCUACGUCCCCAGCAUCCCCAGUGUCCCCCACAGCUGGCACCGCCGAGGACACGGGGGGCAGCACGAGGGCUGCUCCAGCGGGGGGGACACGGGACAAGGCAGCCCCCGGCUCGGCGGGACAGAGGCUGAGGCUGGAGGGGGCCGGGGGACGGCCACGAGUGGGGACCCGGGCACAGGGGCGCAGCGCCAUCCUGGAGAAGUUCGGAGGGGCUGCCAAGGGCCCAGCCCCGCACCUGCGGCGCUCGGGGGGGGCCGCCACGGUCAAGACGAUGCUGCUGGAGUGGUGCCGCGCCCGCACCCGCGGGUACCCGAACGUGGACGUGCAGAACUUCUCGGGGAGCUGGGGCAGCGGCCUGGCUUUCUGCGCCCUCCUGCACAGCUUCUUCCCCGACGCCUUCGACUUCGCCGCGCUGGAGCCCAGCGCCCGCCGGGACAACUUCGCCCUGGCCUUCGCCACCGCCGAGGAGCGGGUGGGCUGUGCCCCGCUGCUGGAGGUGGAGGACAUGGUGCGGCUGCCGGUGCCCGACGCCAAGUGCGUGUACACGUACGUGCAGGAGCUCUACCGCUGCCUGGUGGCCAAGGGGCUCGUCAAGACCAAGAAGCGCUGAGAGGGAGGGUCCCCCACAGCCCCCCAGAUGUGCCACCCCCUCCUCGUCCC